CGAGGAUUGUGGGCCCCACCAAAAUUUGCCAAACUUUUCACUUUUGGUGCCACAUACAAAAGUAAGUACUGUACACUCCUUUUUCUUUUCUUCUUUACCAAUUCCCAAUGACGCAUAUCCACAGUACACUACUCGAGAAAAGUAUGGCCCCCUUCUUUCCCUUCUUCCUCCUCCUCCUCUCCGCCGUCUCCGCCUCGCCGCCGGCGGCCCUCCGCCCUGGUUUCUACUCGGAGACCUGCCCGGAGGCGGAGGCCAUCGCGCGGGACGUCCUCAGGCAGGCCAUGGCCAGAGAAAUUAGAAGCGCUGCCUCUGUUAUGCGCCUACAGUUCCAUGAUUGUCUAGUUAAUGGUUGUGAUGGGUCAUUGUUACUGGAUGACACGCCGAACAUGCUUGGAGAGAAAUUGGCUUUGUCGAACAUAGAUUCGCUGAGAUCCUACGAAGUGAUCGAUGAGAUUAAGGAAGCAUUGGAGAGGACGUGUCCUGGAAUCGUCUCUUGUGCCGAUAUCAUCAUCAUGGCUGCUAGAGAUGCUGUUCUUCUGAGUGGGGGCCCACACUGGGAAGUGAAAUUGGGCCGACUGGACAGCCUAACCGCCAGCCAAGAGGCCUCGAACGACAUAAUGCCAAGCCCAAGAGCCGACGCUGCCUCCCUCACAGCCCUCUUCGCCAAAUUCAACCUCUCGACAAAAGACCUCGUUGCCCUCUCCGGGUCCCACUCCAUCGGCAAGGCAAGAUGCUUCUCUGUAGUCUUCAGGCUCUACAACCAGUCGGGCUCGGGCCAGCCCGACCCAACCAUCGACCCGCAAUUCCGUGAAGAGCUCGACAAGCUCUGUCCGCAGGGUGGGGAUGAAGAGGUCACGGGCAAUCUUGACGCGACUCCCGAGAGAUUUGACAAUCGUUACUUUAGGGAUUUGGUGGAGGGAAGGGGUUUUCUCAACUCGGAUCAGACGCUUUUCACGACUCUUGAGACGAGGGAGUUUGUGAGGGUGUUUAGUCGAGAUGAGGGCGAGUUUUUUGAGGCGUUUGUGGAAGGGAUGAUUAAGUUGGGGGAUUUGCAGUCCAGGUGGCCGGGUGAGAUUAGGAGGGAUUGUAGGGUGGUUAAUGAUGAUGGGCCGUUGUUGCUGGCCCAACGUUAGGGCUUGGGGUCAGUUUGUUUUUCGACAGAUGUUGAUUGUUGUACAUUUAAGCAGAGGUUUGAAAGCCUAUAAUGCGAUAAUAAUUUUUCUGCAAUAUGAUGUUUGCAUGUUGAGAUGAUGACAUUACUAACAAACAGGUCUUUCAUCUUGAGCUGAAAUCAGAGCACAUUAAGUUGGACUACCGAAAACAGCAAAUACUUGAAUGUAUGUAU